AUGGACAAGGUGUUCAGGGCAAAGGAUAAGGCAAGAAAGCAUAUAACUGGGGACUACACAAAGCAGUAUGAACUGUUGAGGGACUAUGUUCUCGAACUUCAAGCCACCAACCCAGACACCACAGUGAAAAUAGAUGUAUGUUCUGAGCCUAACCCUGAUUCCCCAACUAGGCAGUUUAGAAGAAUUUAUGUGUGCUUGGGUCCACUGAAAAAAGGGUUCAAGGCAUGCCUUAUGGACUUAUUAGGUUUUGAUGGUGCCUUCAUGAAAGGACCAUUCCCUGGGCAAGUCCUUUCAGCAGUUGGUCUUGAUUCCAAUAAUGGAAUUUACCCAUUAGCAUAUGGGAUUGUUGAGUCUGAAAACACAGAAAGCUGGAAAUGGUUUUUAGAUAACCUUGGGGAUGACUUGGACCUUGGAAGAAACUCAAAUUUUACUUUCAUAAGUGAUAGGCAAAAGGGUUUACAUACUGCAGUUGAGCAAAUUUUUCCCAAUGCUGAGCAUAGAUAUUGUAUCAGACAUAUUCAUGACAAUAUGAGGAAAAGAUGGAGGCAAACAGAGUACAGGGACCACUUAUGGAGGUGUGCAUCAGCUACCACCAUUCCUGAGUUUGAACAUUUGAUGAAGGAGUUUAGUCAGUAUGAUAAGGAGGCAUGUGAAUGGUUGAAGCAAAUUCCUCCUAAACAUUGGGCAAGGAGUCAUUUUUCAGGAAGAGCAGUUUCUGAUGUGUUGAUAUCAAACAUGUGUGAAGUGUUUAAUGGGAAGAUAGAGAAAGGAAGGGAUAAACCUAUCAUUGGAUGUUUGGAAUUCAUAAGGGAGUAUCUAAUGAAGAGGAUAUGCAAUGUCAUGAAGGAAAUGAAAAAGGAUAAAGGUCCACUAACACCCACAGCAACAGACAUCCUAGCUGCAAGAAAAACAGUUGCUUCACAAUACAUUGCUAGGUGGAAUGGGGGAGACAAGUAUCAAGUCACAGGAGCUUUGCAGGAUCAACAUGUGGUUGAUGUUAGGAACAAAACAUGCACUUGCAGAAAAUGGGAAUUAAUUGGAAUUCCAUGCAGACAUGCAAUUGCAACUAUGAAUGAGAUGAGUAAAGACCCAGAGGUUGAGCUUGACAUUUACAAAUGGGUUCACAAGGUGUAUUUUCUAGAGACAUGGAAAAAGGCUUACUCUUUUAAGGUGGAGCCAAUUAAGGGUAGAUCCAUGUGGCCCAAAAGUGAAUGUCCCACAAAGCUAAUCCCUCCUCCACAUCGCACUCAGGUGGGAAGGCCUAAGAAAAAGAUAAGACAAAGUGAGGGGGAAAGGUUAAGCAAAAAGCAGAAGGCAAGUCAAGGUGAUGGAGUGAAUGCUGCACAAGAAGGAGGUUCCCAAAAACCAACAAAUGAUGGAGUGCAGAAGCUAUCAAGGAAGCAUAUCAGUGUUACUUGUAGAAAAUGCAAGAACAAGGGACACAACUCUAGGACCUGUAAAGGGCAAGGUGGGAAUCAAUCCAAGAAGUAAUGUGUCAUGCAUGCAUGGAGUUUUCUAUGAUUUUGGUUGGUUAUGAAAACUUGGUUGUUAUGUUUACAAUAUUUUCUUGAAAAUUUUUGGUUGGUUGUUAUGAAAACUUGGUUGUUAUCUUAGGUAUGGUAAUGUGUCCCUUUUGGUAAUGUUUAGAAUCUUUGGUUGUUAUGUUUAGAAACUUUGGUUGUUAUAUUACAAAUCUUAAUGAAAUGUGCAUUUUGGUUAUGUACAAUUGGUUCUAAUAUAUAUAUUUUGGUAACA